AUGUUUUCCAUUCCUUAUCAAGGUGCAGGUCACCCUAUGAAACCCCAUCGUCUCUCUCUGACGCACAGCCUUGUUUUGCACUAUGGCCUCUACAAAAAGAUGCAGGUAAGUCUUGCUGAUGGUAACAUGCUGAAAAGUACCAGGAAUGUAAUCAUUAGUCCAAACAGUUUUGCAACUAAAACGAGAGUUUCUAUAGGACAAAUUCAGGUAGGUCCCUCCCCGUUUAGGUAUGUUUGCUUCCGUUUGAGAAACGUUUUGCAAUAAAAUCAGCUAAUGAAUAUGCCCUGAUGAAACCAGACACAUUCAUGUCCUUCUUGACACCAUGUUAAUUUGACUGGUCCUUGUUUCACAGGUUUUCAAACCAUACAAAGCCUCACAACAUGACAUGUGCCGAUUCCACUCAGAAGAUUACAUAGACUUUCUGCAGAAGGUCAGCCCCAACAAUAUGCAGGGUUUCACAAAGAGUCUCAACACCUUUAAUGUUGGGGAUGACUGGUGAGAAUGUUGUAUCCAUCUUCUAUACAGUAUUAGCUUACAUUACUCCCUGGCUUAUAUAUGGAUUCAUCUGUGACUUUAAGAUAUUUUGUGUGAAAUACAUAUUUGUCAAAGUGCAGAAUGUUGUUUUGACUUAUGUAAUAUUAUGAUCAGUGUAAUGUGCAGCUGUUGAUCUAUCUAUGUGGCUUGUAUAAAGGUAACGUGUCCUCUGUCAGCCCUGUAUUCCCAGGCCUGUUUGAGUUCUGCUCCAGGUAUACAGGAGCAUCUCUACAGGGAGCAACACAGCUAAACCACAAGGUAUGCUCCACCCCCCCCCCCCCCCCCCAAUUGUUUUGGGGAAAACAGCAAGCUCAGCUUCUUUUCUGUUUAUAAAUGUAUUAUAUUUACUGAUCGGACAUAUUUAUUAAGACCCAUUCAGCAAUUUAUACAGCCAGGUAAAUUGUUGACCACAUUUAGAUUUGAUCAAUGAUUGGGACCAUUGCUUUGCAGAUAUGUGACAUCGCCAUCAACUGGGCCGGGGGUCUUCAUCAUGCCAAGAAAUUUGAAGUAAGAAUUAUGCGACAUUUGUCAAGACAAAUUACUUCUACAGCCUCUGGUCAUCUUGUAACCUACCUAUGUUUAUUUAUUUAUUUAUUCAACUAGGCAAGUCAGUUAAGAACAAAUUCUUAUUUACAAUGACGUCCUACCUCAGCCAAACCCGGAAGAUGGGACUCCCAAUCACAGCCGGAUUGUGAUACAGCCUGGAAUCAAACCAGGAUCUGUAGUGAUGCCUCUAGCACUGAGAUCCAGUGCCUUAGACUGCUGUGCCACUCAGGAGCACUAUGUACAGCUCUGUGAGAUUAUGAUUUUAUUUGUUUUGAUUUUCACAGGCCUCUGGAUUUUGCUAUGUGAACGACAUUGUCAUCAGUAUACUGGAGCUUCUGAAGUAAGAGCAAAGCACCCCUACAGUCUUUGUAUUUGACUAUUUCCUAAUUAUUAUGUUUUGUCCUUUUUGUGGGUUCACGUCCCGCUAAGGAUCUCUAACAACUAAUAAUGUGUAAAUGUCCCUUUAGGUACCACCCGCGUGUGUUGUACAUAGACAUUGACAUUCACCAUGGCGAUGGGGUGCAGGAAGCCUUCUACCUGACUGAUCGGGUCAUGACUGUAUCCUUCCACAAGUACGGGAACUACUUCUUUCCAGGAACAGGUAAGACAAGCCAUAUGAGAAAUACAGAUACAGUUUGUCUUAAUGACUAAAUGAUUGAAUAUCUCUAUGGGACAAUAGAGAUUUGUCUUAAUGAGCUUAUUCUUUGUUAAACAAAUGUUUUUGAAUGUUUUGUCCCAUAGGUGACAUGUAUGAGGUAGGGGCAGAGAGUGGCCGGUACUACUGCCUGAAUGUGCCUCUCCGGGAUGGGAUCGAUGACCAGAGUGAGUAGUGUCCUUCCUGGAUCCCCCACUCAGGCUGGCUCUCUGGCGCUCCACUCUGAUAAUGCUAUUAGACUGAGGCCAGUGAGAUGCCUCUGGGGAGUGCUAUUAUCAGAUGCUGCCUGACUAUUAGUUUACCUGCUCUCUAAACUAUUACCAUCUCUCUAAUGGCUGUUACAGUUCACCUGCUCUCUAAACUAUUACCAUCUCUCUGAUGGCUGUUACAGUUCAGAAGGUCUGAUAGUAUGCAGGAUAAUAUCCAAUCCAACGACAGAUGUUUCCUUAUUUUUGAUAGGGGAUCAAUUAUAUCGCUUUGUAAAUGGCAAGAAUGAUUGAAAGGAUGAAUUCUCUUCAAUGUGUCCAAUACCUUAACAUUAUAGCACUCUGUUUCUUAGGCUACAGGCAACUCUUUCAGCCAGUCAUCAAGCAAGUGGUGGACUUUUACCAGCCAACCUGUAUCGUUCUUCAGGUGAGCAUUUGGCAGCCAGAGAUCAUCAGUGCCAUUUUGCAUGAAUUGUGGUAUUGAGUAUGGGACUCACAUGCACCUCUUGUCAUUGACAGUGUGGGGCUGACUCGCUGGGCUGUGACAGAUUAGGGUGCUUCAACCUCAGUAUACGAGGCCAUGGGUAAGUGUCUUGCUCUACAAAUAAUACAUUAUAACCCUCACCAACACUUACAUCACAGUAUUAAAUGGCCUUUGAAUACAGCCUUAUGGGUAAGUGUCUUAAUAGUGAAAAGGAUACAUGUUUGGUGGAUGGAAUUCAAUGUAGUCUAUAAUAUGAGGAUGUACUGCCACCUGCUGGUAGGAGGGCAAAUUUAAAGGACAAUAGAAAACAACCAAUCCUGUACCAACUGACACAGGAGCCAGGUUAUGGUAAACUCUCUCACCCAGGGUAUAUGUUUCUAUAGGGAGUGUGUGGAGUUUGUGAAGAGCUUCAGGAUUCCACUGCUGGUACUGGGAGGAGGAGGGUACACAGUACGCAACGUGGCCAGAUGCUGGUAAGAGCUAAUUUCUCUCAUUGCUGUAACUGGACUAUAGUGUGGAGGUUAGGUGAGAGUUGUUUUUGAUGGAGACCAAGAGAUGAUGUUCUCACAGUGUAUAUGGAACCACUUAAGAAUGAACUCUGUUGCUCUUCUAUUCCAGGACAUAUGAGACCUCCCUCCUGGUUGAUGAGCCAAUUAGUGAUGAGCUGCCUUAUAGCGGUAAGUGAGCAAGCCUUUUGGCUUGAUAAUGACUAAGCUCUUCUGCCACUUUUUCCAUUUGCUCUUUUUCUCUCCUCACCCCUCCAGAGUACUUUGAGUAUUUUGCUCCAGACUUCACGCUCCACCCAGACGUCAGCACCAGGAUAGAGAACCAGAACUCCAGACAGGUCAGUUUGAGAACAUAGAGCAUGCGGUCUCCCUCUCUCUUUCUGAACCACAGUCUAUAUACUGUUUAACAAUUCAAACCAUUAUUGAAUAUAUGUGUGGUCAUGAUCAGAAUUCUCUCCAUGGUGUAAGUCAUUUAUCUCCAUCUUGUGCUUGUUUAGUACCUGGAACAGAUCCGUUCGACGGUCUUUGAGAACUUGAAGAUGUUGAACCAUUCCCCCAGUGUCCAGAUCCACGAUGUGCCCUCGGACAUCCUGAGCUACGAGCGCACUGAUGAGGGAGACCCAGAUGAGAGGGGGUCAGAGGACAACUAUUCCAGGUCAACACACUCGGUCUGCCUUAUGUGACACUAGACCUGGGCGAUAUGGGGAAGAAAAUCCAUAUCGCAAUAAAUUGACAAAUUGUUUGCGCUAACGAUAAAUCAAUGAUUAAUUCUUUUUUGGGGAGGUGCUGGAGCAAGGCGAUAUGGACAAAAAGUCAAAUUGUGAUAAAUGUAACUAUUUUACACAAUAACAAAUAAAUAAAAAUGUAAUGGACAGUUACUUUGCAUUAGCGGCAGGGCUCUAGCCAACAACAAAAAAUUCCAGUGCCAAAUAAGAAAACUGAGAUAGUAGCCUAUGAUUAAAAAAGUAAGCUUUUUCAUCUAAACAUAUCCAGGGAAUGCAUGAUGGAUAUUUUUAUAUGCAACCUGUCAAAAUAGGAUCUAGAUUUAUUUUUGUCUCUUCAGAGAAUUUGCUAAAUCUUUGUGCAAUAUUAUUCACCACCUGAGGAAGUGGGAACUCAAAACACUAGAUUGCUAACUCUAAAUAUGAUAUUGUUGCUAUGUAGCCAUGAAGGCUAAUUGAUUAAUCUAUCAGUAAAUCUAGGCGAAUGUCCUACAUAAACUUUCCAGCACUAGGCCUAGGCUACUUGAUGUAGGCCUAUUCAUUGCAAAUCGCGAUCUGCUCUGCAGGCGCAACAAAACCACAGCCUACACUACAGCCUACUCCGGUUCUAAAGUGGUGUCAUGAACUCACUAUUAAGAGGUGAGAAAAUGUUACACAAAGCUGUGACUUUCCUCUUAAAAAAACUAUUUUUCCCACAAUAGCAUUUUGAGCAAUGGUCAUAUGCUUGUGCUUUUCAGAAUGCAUCGCUCCCUCCUCCGUGUCACAGUGGGGAGAGGGAGUAGCUCGCUCACACAGCAGCCGACAGCCAAACAGGGCCAGGCAGAUACUUUCAUAGCAGGAAUCAACAUAAUGCAAAGCUCAUUACUGUUGACCAAAUAUUUGUUUUAGAACAAUCUACAGGAGUGUUGUGUAGCAAAAUCACAGAAUAUUACCGAAGUAAGCAAAAUGCCUCAGUUAGAGGAAGGCAGUGUAAUAUGCUCCUCUGUGACACACACAGGAGCAUAUGUUCUAUCAUAUACAUAUUAGUAAUGGAAUCAAUAUGACCAGUUUAGGGACGGGAUUCAAUCCUAUUGCGGAUUUGGACAAUGCGCCAUUUAAAGGUAAUUUCCGAUUGAGCCGACAAAUGCAGCGUUUACCGUGGAUGUGGUCUCUGCCCGCACGGGAACAUUGUCUUUAAAAUGUGCAUCGCUGACAAAACGCGAUUGGAUUGAAUCGCAGCCUUGGUUUACGUGUAUAUAGUAUCAGUGUGAACAACUGAAAAUGUUACGGUGUGUGAUAGAACGUUCUGGAACUAAAUCGCGUGUUCUCUUUACAGGCCAGAGGCAGCCAAUGAGUUCUACGAUGGUGACCAUGACAACGACAAGGAGAGCGAUGUGGAGAUCUGA